AUGUCCUCCAAUCUUACUGAAGAACAAAUUGCCGAAUUCAAAGAAGCCUUUGCUCUAUUCGAUAAGGAUAACAAUGGCUCUAUUUCUUCCAGUGAACUAGCCACUGUGAUGAGGUCAUUGGGACUUUCACCCAGUGAAGCAGAAGUCAAUGAUUUGAUGAACGAAAUAGAUGUAGAUGGCAACCACCAAAUUGAAUUCAGUGAGUUUUUGGCUCUAAUGUCUCGUCAACUCAAAUCAAAUGACUCCGAACAAGAGCUAUUAGAAGCUUUCAAAGUAUUCGAUAAGAACGGCGAUGGUUUAAUUUCUGCUGCUGAGCUGAAACAUGUUUUGACAUCUAUUGGUGAAAAAUUAACCGAUGCCGAAGUAGACGAUAUGCUAAGAGAGGUUAGUGAUGGGUCUGGUGAGAUCAACAUUCAACAAUUUGCUGCUUUGUUAUCUAAAUGA